AAGCCUGUUGUUUUUUUGUGUUGUAAAUAUUCUAAUCUAACCUGUUCUAACCGCGAAUUUCGUGUUAUCCACGCAGAAGAGCUGUUUUCGGAUUUUAAAAGCCAUUUCUAAAUAAUUUACUGUUUUUGUUUUUCAUUAUUUUGAUGUUUAAAUAAAAGUUCGGGAUUUGCUAAACAUUUAAUUGAGUGGUGAAUGGAUUUUACAAGUACACAAAAGACUUCUGUUGAUACCGAAGAUGACAAUGUAGAGAAAUUUUUCCAAACAGUGCCUUACUGUGAAGAAAAUCUGUCUACUAAUAUAACAUACGAAUAUUUAACUGACAGCGAUUUGAGUACAGACUCUGAUGUUGAUAAAAAUCAAACAAAUAUGGGUUCUUUCACAGAUGCAAAUGAAAAAGAUAACAAAGAUGAUGAAUGUUUCAGAAUUAAAAAAACUCCAAUGAAGCCAAAGAAACAGUCCUGUGAUAGCUUUUCCAAUUCCAAUAUCACUCUUGCAAGACAGAAUGCAGAAAUUACUAAUAAACACAUUACUGAGAUGGAUUAUGACCAUAUUGUAAAAUCAUCUGAGAAAAUUGAGAACAAUUCCAUCUAUUCUUUUUCCUUAAACCCUCCAAAACGAUUAUCAUACUCUCCUCAAAAGAUUGCCAGGGUUCAUUCACAUUCUGCAUCUUUAAGAACUUCUUUUUCAUCAAAAAGUAAUGAAAUGAGAAGACACUCUAGUAGUUCCUUUAAUUAUACAGGAUUUAACAAAUCAUUUUCUGAAAACCAACAACAAGAAUCAGUACCUUUGUAUAAAGGCUAUCAGUUAAUUGGUGAUAGCCAAUUACUUAGAUUUGCUGAACAAAUGUUGGAUAUGAAAAAAAAUGUUAUAUACCCUUCAUUAGAAAAUGGGAAAAGUAGAAGGAUAGGCUAUUGUGUAAGUGGACAAAAUCUCAAUGAUUUGAAAAGAAGACUUCUAGAGGGUGAAUACAAAAUUCACAAAAAUGUGAUUGUUCUUAUAGGUACUAACGAUAUGCUACAGAAGACAAGUAUAUGUGCAAUGUUUGAAUCUUUUGAGAAAAUUUUAAGUAUUUUAAAAAAAUCGGCAAAUAAAAUAGUUUUUCUGACUGUUCCUCCAGUGCCUAAAAUUCACUCAAAACAUGUUUUGAAAAUUUUAACAGAUUUUAAUAAGUAUAUAAUUGAGAAGGCAGAUGGAAAAACUGUUUUUGUAGUUGAUCUAUCCAGCCAUUAUGUUGGAUAUGAUAAUCAAGUAAUGAAUGAUUAUUAUGAAAGUUCGUUCUUUGAUGGGCGGCCCGACCUUAUUCACUUGAACAAAAAAGGUUUUAAAUUUCUCAGAGACAUUUUGGAUGUUAAUUAUUUUGACGAACUCAACUAAUUUUAGUGUGGUUACACUUUUAUAAGACAAUAAAAUAUUAUCACCUACAUUGAUAAUGCUUUCCAGCAGUAUUAAAAUAAAUUUUACAUUUUAUAUUUUUAA